GGCAAAAUGCCGAGACGUUGUGCAUUUGGCUGUGAGUCCAUUAAUAUUACAAUGCACAGGCUACCUAAUCGUAUCAGAAAUCCUGAUCUGUUUAAAACUUGGGUUAAGCUAGUUGGUGGAAAAUUAGAAUCAAUAUCAGACUAUGAACAUUAUCAAAAGAAGAGAAUAUGUGAUAUACAUUUCAUAGACAGUGAUAGGAACCAACAUAAUCGAUUGAAUGCAAAAGCAUUUCCUUCUCUUCAUAUACCAAGGCAAUUAGUAAGUAAAUUAACAUUAGAGAACUCUUCAAGCUCCACAAAACACUCUGAGCAAGAAACCACAACACAACUAAUCAAUGAGGGUAAGGAAAACAUACAGAUUCAUUUUGUUCUUCACAACAAAUUAAUCAGUAUUUCACAAUUGAAAAAUACAGUCAUAAAAACAACUUCCUGUCAUAUUUACCUUUUGCAUUGUUAG